CGCGUGGGUGAGUGGAGUGUGAAAUAGUCAAGUUAGUGAGGUUGGUUUCAAGAGAGACGGGACAUCAACAUGGCGUAUGUUGGAUAAUGACAGACAUCGCCAUCGUAUUUUUAUCAUUAAUUUAUUGAACAAAUCAACGAUAAAACCCAAUGGGACUUCGUACCCAUAUUGUUUAGGGCUUAAUAUACAACAAUUCAGCUUCCUUUGCUGGCUAGCACCUUAACAGUGUGAGGGGUAUGGGACAAAGUAGCGUCCAUAAAGGUUGUGUAUAAGGCGCAAUUUGAAUAAUUAAUUAAACACGAAUGAAACCAUAAAAGUAGUUCGAAUUGCUUUUACAAAUACCUUUUUAACAUUGUUUAUUACUGUAUGAUAUAUUUAAUCGCAAGCACAUUGUCAUAUUUUACCCAAAAGUACUGCGGAGACCCCUUAAUGUCAAGUAGAAACAUAACACGCAGCAGUGAUAUUAUCGAAUAGUAAUGAUCAAGGUGACAUUAGGUCAUCCAUAAAACGUGAAAUGAAACGAAAGAUGAUAUACAUAUUCUCCCGUUAUUAUAAAUAUAUAGUGUCAAAGAUUCGGAUAGUUUAACUGCUCUCAAAUACCAGUGACAGAAAAAGGAACAUGGGUAAUUGGGGAGGGGACCCAGUAAGUGACAUUUCUCGACGGAUCGCGUUAUUUAAUUUGAAAUGUUUGUAAUUAUGUGAUUACGAUCAGCUUUUCUGACCAGAAGAAUAGAAAAUUCUUUUUGCACUAAGAUGAGUUAUUUACUCUGCCUCGGUAAAUUUUAAAUUCCAUCCAUUAACAAAUCACUAAGGGUCUCGGAAACCAGGAUAGUGGGAGUUACCGGGGCAUUGAAGGUUAUGUAAGAAAACGUCACUUACGUUUCCAAAAAUGGCUCUAUUCCAGUAAUACGCCGCGAAUUGAGGGAGUGCAACGCAUGUCCCGAUGAUGACAGCAGCAGGCAACACCUCGAACCACAUUGUCUCGGUUUUUCACCUCGAAAUUCACUUCAAAACUUCAAAAAUUAAUUUUCAAUAAUAUUAGGGUGCGAUCAGAUGUUCGGCCUGGUUCGGCUAACGGCUCUAGCGCGUACUAUAUGUAUACUAAAUACCAAAAUGGAGUCGAGUCCAGUCUUCGAUUUCCCUCAUCAGUGGAUAAUAAAGUUCCCGGAUUUCUGUGUCGAAGUGACCGAAUUACUGCGGAUACAGCCGUCAGUUCUGUGAUAAAGACAGUGUAAUUUUGGACAGACUAAAGCAGACACAAUGAUUUGGGGUUAGAGCCAUCUGACUGUGGGUUUCAAUGGAUGCAUAGUAAAACCACGUUUUAAUCUCUCUCCAAUCAUCGGAUCGACCUUAAUGUAUUUGAAAUGGAAUUCAUAAUAAGUAGAAAUUUAAAUAAAGCAGGAAUUUUACUGAAAUCUUACGGAAAAUUGCGAGUAACUAGCACUUUGCGUAAUAUACGAUGCUUCUGCCAAUUCAACGACACGAGAUGGCUCAAUAGAGUAUAUGAUAAUAAAUCAAGGAAUUCGGUCUCUUGGCAUAAUUUCCUCAUCUCCAGCUCUCUUCAACCAUUCAGAAACCUCAGGAAUCAUGAAUCCAUCGACCAAAAUAUUUAUUCAGUGUAUUACAGCACUGCUCCCAAGGACCAGUGCAAUCCUCUGCCAGAGGCACAGAAGAAAGUCUCGAUUUUUCAGAAAAUGAAGCAGUUGACUAAGGACUACUGGCACAUACUUAUUCCAGUGCAUAUUGUCACUUCCAUUGGAUGGGUGUCGAUUUUAUAUGUUGCUGCGAAAAACGGUGUCGAUGUCGUACAGCUCAUGGAGUACCUUCAUCUGAGUGAGAAGUACAUAAAUAUUAUCAAGAAUUCCAAUGCCGGACAUUGGGCUGUGGUUUAUGCACUCUAUAAAAUAGUCACGCCAUUAAGAUACACAGUUACAGUCGGUGGAACAACACUGACCAUCAGAUACUUGGACAAAUUGGGUAUAAUGAAGUUCAGACGAUCGACUGAGAACAUCCGUAAGAAAUUACCUAGGCAACGCUUACGAGCAGUAUCAGCGCCGCAAGCAAGAAAAGCCAAAACACGACUAGUCCGAAAAAUAUCAAGAACAAUUAACAAGAUCUACAAUGACCUAGAAAAUCUAAAGUUGACAGAACAACAAUUGCCACAGAGAAUUUAAUUUUUAUUUUAUUCGUGUACAGAUAUAAAUGUUAAUGAAGCUUGUUCAAAUAAAUAAAGUGGUAAGGAGAGAUAAAUUA